AAUCGGCUCACGAAUUAACUAUUCAUUAACCAACCAUUCGAUCAUUGCGCAUAUUCAAGUAUGUAUUCGACUACGUUUUUUAUUAUUUUAAAUUGUAUUUCAAUUUCUCUUAGUGCGAAAGUGACAUGGUUACCUAAUACGAGCUUCAAUUUGCCGAAUAAUUUUAAGGAUGGCAAACUACCUUGUUCAAAACAAACAGUAAUAUUCCCAGAAAGUCUUGCUAACGCGAUUCAAAUAGAGUCUGGUACAUCAGUGGGCGGAUUUGUAUUACCACUGGAAGGAGAACUGAUUUUAGCUGAAGGCGUAAUUGAACUUGGACCUUUUGCAGAUGUAAAUUGUACGAGUGAAAGCAACUCGUAUUAUACGGAGAAGUCUAUCUCACUUUGGGCUCAACCAGAUGUGUGGACCUCGACUAAAUUUAAUAAGGCGACUCCAGAUGCUGAAAGGGUUCCUUGUUUUGAUGAUGUCGCUGAAUUUCCAAGCAAUACUGAUUUUACAGUUAUUUUACCAGAUGAGACUCAGAGAAUUCAAGGAAUCAAAAUAAAUGGUGAAAAUUUGGAUACAGUGCAAUUUAAAGAUUACGUCACAAAACAGUCAGAUCAAACUCAGCAGUUUGUUCUGAAUAAAAACGAAGACACUGGAAUUGUUAUAGCACGAGGUCAUUGCACGUCACUGGCAGGAUGUCCAUGUCAAAAUAACAUUUUGUCAAUUGAUUGCUCAGCUAAAUUUUGCCCUAUACCUUCCUGUAUUAAUCCAGUUCAACCUAUUGGACAUUGUUGUAAGAUAUGCGGAGGCACUAUAGCUCUUGAUAUCGAUCGAAGUUUUGAUAUAACAACAUUUAAAGAGCAAGUGGGAAGAACGAUCGAUAGUUUUGGAGAAAAUAGUCUGAUUUAUCACGUUGGAAGACUUCCACCAAAUAAAGUGCAGCUCGUUGUCGUCGAGAAGAACGAAUAUAGUGGAACUAGUGCUGAAGUCGUUAAUGCUAUUGCUUAUAACAUGGAGAAACACAUAGUUCAUCAGAUGCAGAUUAGUGGGAGCCCUCUUUACAGAUCAGGUCUGGGAGGAAAGAUAUUUGUGUCAAUGUUUUUCACAGUAAUUUUAGCAAUGGUCGGUAUAUACAUUUACUAUUAUAGAUUACCAGAAAUUAGAUUCCCAAUUAUAGGGCGAAGCCACCCCAGCUUUUUUUCAAGGUUCGAUCGUAGAACUGAGAGUGUGGUUUCUUUGACUAGAAGAGAUUCAGUAGCACCAAUAGGAUCUAGCAUAGGUACUGCCUUUAGGAAUCCGUUAUAUGACUCAAAAAGGAAGAAUUUAAUUGAAGAGUCAGUUAUGGAGGAUUAGGAAUGGUAUUAAACUUUUAAUCAUAUAUUUAUAUUUUGUGUCGAAUUCUAAAAUGUAUUUUUAUUGUAUGGAAUCAUUGUUUGAAAGCUAAACUUAAUAAGGCUAAAGUUUAAGCAACGUAAUACAGAAAAGUCAUCAUGGAAAUGGAUCCGACUGAUAAAAGUUUUAAGUAAACAUUUUAAACAAACCGAGAGCAAAGUUUGGACAAACAGCACAGAAGUUGGAAACUCAACAAUAUCUAUGGAAUAUCAAUAAAGCCGAGGAGAAAUUUGAUCCUGCUUAGUCCAAUAUUGAGGCACUGCCCUUUGUGUCUUUGCCUUUUCUCUGCUAAAUGUGAACUCAAUCAAUAGUAUUGGGUUUCUUCAAAACAGCUCAAAAGACGGGACUGUCAUGAGAGUCGUUAAUCAUUUCUCUUUAAUGCUAGUACGACGAAAGAGAGUGCAAAAGAAUUUCUUACGUUUAUACAUGCGUUUAUUGUUUAUCUCUAUCAACCGACAAUCUCGUCAUUAAUCAAACAUUUAGUUCAUGUGGCGAUCUAAUUAUUGCAUGAUACAUUAAUUAAUCGUGUAACUGUCAAAAAAUAUAUGUUUCGUAGAAAACAGUUGUUAUAAAAAAUAAAAAAGUUUUUAUUUAUCAUAGUAUGCAUAGCACAUUUCUAAGGUUGGGACUCUCUAGUGAGUAUAAUACUAGUGUCAGAAGGGUGUUGCUUAAUGUGUGUAAAUCUCAAAUAUAUGCUAUAUUAUGUAAUAUUAUUUUAAUAAAGCAAGACUAUUUUUUUAUGUUGAAUGGUUAGUAUAAUGGUUAGUAAUGCAUAGUAUUUUAUCAGCGCACUCUAAACAUAUGAACGUUCAAUCCAUUUCAACAUGGAACAAAACGCGUACUCACGAUCAGGCAUUGUCGCUUGCCCAUUGUUUUUGUGAAGACUGAUUUAUGUCUCUUCCCGCGUUACGCGAAACGUCAACGACACCUACGAUGACGUUCAGACGUUCAGUAAUGACGCCAGACAGCUGUAUCUGGUGACGCGUAUUUUUAGCUCAAUCCCUAUGUGAGGUUUUGGUUUAUCUUUAUUUAUCACUUAUCAUUGGUUUGCUGAUUUUUUAAAUAUAUUUAAAGAGAUUUUACAUUUGUGUCACACUGAUAUUAAAGGUUACAUCAAAGAAAUUUUAAAACACUUCGUAAAAUAUUGUAAGUAUUAACGUACUAACAUUAAUUCUAAAUAAAACCUUAAUAUACUAAUGGUACUUGUUUGUUGUAAACAACGAUCUUCUUUAGAUCUUCUUAAAUAAAAUAUUUAUGAGUGUUAAAUGAGCUUAAUUUUAUUUGAAUUCAUCUUAUUCCUAUAAAACUAUUAUAACUAUUUCUGUGCGUAUAUUUUAUAUAUAGAGCAGAUACACUUUAGAAUUUAUUAAUGAAUUUAUCAUUAAUAUAACUUUCUGUUAGUCGCAUAAGCCACUAAAUGUUAGUAGCUAUAAAAUAUUAGCCAUAAAACUAUUUCAAGUAUCGAGCCCUUGGGCGUUUAUCAUAGCCGGCUAAGUCAGGCGCAACGAUGCCUGCACUCGAGUAUUAUAAAUUUAAAUGUAGGUUGUAAUUGCUAGCGACGAUUUAUUAAAUAUGUGUUUGUUACACGUAGUAUUAUACUAUUCUUAUACUUAUGCUUCAUGUUAUAUUUAUGGUUGGCCUGUUUUUCGUAGACUUUUACCGAUAACAGCGGUCACUUAACUUCUUUUUCGUGAAACUACAUCGCUGUGCAGAUAUUGUAUUAUGUAAGAUAUUGACUAUUAUGUUAUAUUUAUCUUUAUAUUAUUAUUUGUUUAUUUAUAUAAGCACGUUGCAGGUGCUAUCAGUGUGUGUCAUAAAUAAAGUUAUAUUUUACUA